AUGGCAACAAAUGGGCUGAGCUCCAACUCGGAGCAGAACGGCCACACCAAUGGCAGCACCACCACCAACGGCGCCCAGACGGUGCGCUUCGAGGUGCAGCAGCAACAACCACAGCGCUACGAGGAGUCGCGAGACGGAUACCAGGCGUCGCAUUCCGGCAGCGAGGCGACCAACGGCGACGCAGAUGGCACAGAGUCGCUUGAGAUCGACAUGGACAUGACCACCAUCAUUGACACGGACGCCGCCCUCAUCGGUCUCGAGGUCGACGACGAGACCGACACGGAGGACGACACCGCGAGGAGAGCAGCCUAUGCGCAGAGCAUAUAUCCCACAAUCCCCGCACACUACCGAACAGAGCGGAUUGACAGUGACUUUGAGACAGUGAACUCAUCGACCAUGUCAAUAUACGAGGGUGAUGUGGAUUUCGUAGAGGAAUACGGCCGCCGGUAUUGUAAGGAGUAUUACAUGCCGAAUGACGAGGAGGAGCAGGACCGGAUGCGCAUCGUCCAUCAGGUGUACCUCAACGUAUUCAACCUCGAGUUGACGUCGGUGCCUCUCGACGAUCCAGAGAUUAUUCUAGAUGUGGGCACCGGCACCGGCGAGUGGGUCAUGGGCAUGGCCGAGAAGUAUCCGGAUUGUGACGUGAUCGGCAUGGACAUAUCCCCUAUUCAGGACACCAGGGUGCCCAACAACUGCAACUGGGAAUGCGAUGACGCUGAGCUGGAGUGGGAGAGGGCACCAGACUCGAUCGAUCUGGUUCACUUCCGUGGCAUGGCGGGGGCUUUCUCGGACUGGAGCUUUGUCUACGAACAAGCCUUCAAGUGCAUCAAACCUGGCGGCUAUAUCGAGCUGGUCGAUUUCCAUGACUUCAGGGGACCCCAGAACUUCUACAGCAAGUUUCCGCCGGAUUCGAUCAUGCAUCAGUUUGCUUUAGACAUGCACGAGGCCGAGUUGAGGUGUGGAAGGCGGCGUGGCGUCGAUCAUCUUAACCGACAACUGCUGAUCGAUGCUGGGUUUGUCGAUGUCGAGAUCACGGAGCAUGCGAUCCCGCUUGACCCGUCUACAUCACCACUGGGCAAGCUUUGGCUGGUAGCAUGUCGUGCAGGACUUGAAGCCAGCACACUACGACCGCUCACAAAAUAUAUGGGUUGGGCCCCCGAGAAGGUCAGGGAGACGUGCGCAAUAGUCGGGCAACAAUUGAUCUCGAUGGCGAUGAAGCCAGAGACAAACAAGGGAUUCGAGGUGAAACUACGGGUCCUGGUUGCAAGAAAGCCUUGGGUGGCCGGCCAGUGGACAGCACAAAAUUUUGGCGAAAACGGUGAUCUGGAAUUGCGGGAUUACAGUACUGGCGACGACAGCACGAUUGGAAGCUGA